AUAAGUACUACUCACGGUCAAGUAACUUCUCCUGCUGCCGUUCAACCAAGCCCUAGUGCUGUCGCUCCUAGCCCAAUUACUACCGCUCCUAGCCCAAUUGCUACAGGUGACAUUACCGCAUGCUCUACUUGUGAUAAAGUAAAAGCUGCUUGUGGUUCAAAGUUUAGUCUUCCUCAAGUAAACUCUCAAGGCACUUAUAUUGCUACAGGUUAUCCAUUCAACCAAAAUAAUGCGACCCAAUCUCCUUCAAACACAACCGUUGACCUACCAACAAAUAAUAAUAAUGUUAAUUCAUCUAAUUCAUCUAAUUUAUCUGAUUCUGAUGAUGCAAAACAUAUGAUAGCCAUUGCUGGAUGUUCCAUUGCUUUGCUCUUGCUUUUGAUAGGCCUUGUCAUUAUCAUCAGAAGACAUCGCAAAGCGAGAAAAGUCGGUGACUAUAAUAUAUCCAACCCCACAAAAACAAAAUCAUUAGAUAUACUUGAAAAUUACAAUCGUAAAACAAGAUAUUCUAAUCGUAGUGUUGAUCAAUUCAAAGAAAAUGAUGUAAACCAAAAUGAUGCCGAUAUGGUCGAUAUGGUCGAUAUCAGCUUAAAUGACAAUCAACAACAACCGACCUUUUCUCCCUCUUCUCCUAACGCUAAUUAUAAUAACAAUGAAAUUCCCCAAGAAUUGCCUCAAGAAUUUGUUCAAUUUGAUGAUAACGGCUAUAACGGUAACGGUCAUAACGUUAACGGUCAUGACGUUAAUGAUCAUAACGUUAACGAUCAUAACGUAAUCG